UACCGGAAAACGGAACAUAGAACACAAAGUGUAAACAAAGUUUUAUAAAAAUAUAUGCCUAUUAUUUAUUAAAAAUAAUAUAGUAAUCAUAGUAAAUAUAAUCAAGGAAAUAGAAAUUUCUUAUUUACUGAAUUAUUAUAGAAGAUCGCAUUACAUGUUGUCAACGUGAAAUGUCAUAAUUUCUUGUAAAUAGAAAGAAUUGUAUAAGCCUAAGACAUAAUUUCAGAUUCAGGCUGCUCAAAUAUUUCAUAACAAGGAUAUAAUUUCAAAAUUGUACAUCUUUUAUAGAACUAUAAUAUUAUCUGUUAUAACAAAUAUCGAAAAUGGUAACUUCGUAUUAUAUUAUGAAAAUAAACAAAUCAAAUAAAAAUGUGGAGGUUGACGAAUACUUUGAUAAUUUAAGUAAAGAUAACAAUAUAGUUAACAUAACCCAGCGAUUUAACAGCCAACAGACCUGCAGAGUUUGUUUAAAAGAAGGUUUGCUGCCAAUCUUCGGGAAUCAAAAUACUCCCGAUAUAAUUGAAGCCUUAAGUAUAUUCGGCGAUGUUGAAGUCAACAAACGUGAAGAAUAUCCAAACAAACUGUGUAAAAUAUGUUUUAAAUUCCUUAAAGGUGCAAUUUUAUUCAGAAAACUCGCCAAACACACCAAUGAAUUACUGAAACAACCUUUGAAAUUGGAGCCUGAAAAUCAAGAUGUUCCAGAGACAUCAAAUGUUGAUGAAGAUAUGCACAGUUUAAAUGACAAAAAACAAAUUAUUCUUCCAAAACUAGAAAAAGACAAAAGGAAUCUUAAAGUUCAAUGUUAUGUCUGCAAUAGAAUAGUUAAUAGGUCCUAUUAUAAAGAACACAUGACUAUGCAUGACCCCGAUCAUAAGAAAUAUGUUUGUGAUAUCUGCGGAAAGUCCUUUAGGCUACGAUGUGCAUAUCACAACCACAGUCUCAGACACCGCAACGACUUCCCUUUCAAAUGCCAAUUCUGUCCAUAUAAAGGCAGAUAUGCUGAACUUCUAAAAACACACAUGCACACACACACUAAAGACUACAGAUAUAUGUGUACAGAGUGUCCGGCGAGAUUUUUAUUUAAAAGCAAUCUUAACAGUCAUAUCCUCCUCAAACAUAAGGAACCACAGUUUAAAUGUGACGCCUGCAAGCGGGCAUUUCAUACAAAGCUAACACUUCGGAGACAUUUUGAGGCUGAUCAUUUGGGUAUCAGAAACCAUGUAUGCAAUGUAUGCGGUAAGGCAUUUGGUUAUAGAAAUGCUAUGAUGAAACACCAGCGUCACGUUCAUAAGAGAGAAAAAUUCAUGUACUCUCGCAUGCCUGCAUAUUUACAGGCUGAAAGUAAAAAUAACAAUACUGUUUAGCAUGUUAUGGAAUUAGAAAUAUGUUAGCAAAUAAAAUGUAUGUAACUAGUCAUAUCUCAGAUAUAUAAUAAUACUGUAAUAUACCAUUUAUUAUUUAAAUUAAGUUAUUUUAUCUCGAAAUAUAACAGCUAUGAUUUGUCAUAAA